CUUUGACGCCUUGCCCUUGAGACUAAAGGAUUCAGAAUAAGUAGGAGCAAGACUGAAUACAUGGAAUGUCGUUUCAGCGGCCGGGAAUCAGAGAGGUGGAAGUCAGGAUUGACUCUCACCUAGUACCUAAGGUAGACAUGUUUCGAUAUCUUGGCUCGGUAAUCCAGGCUGAUGGGGAGUUAGAUGGGGAUGUUGGACACCGUGUUGGAGUGGCUUGUGCCAAAUGGCGGUUAGCUUCAGGGGUGUUGUGUGAUCCGAAGAUUUCGCCCAGAAUGAAAGGUAAGUUCUAUAGAUCCGUAGUCAGACCUGCUAUGUUAUAUGUGGCAGAGUGUUGGGCGGUUAAGAAGACUCAUGUGCGUCGCCUGCAUGCGGCAGAGAUGCGGAUGUUACGAUGGAUGUGUGGGAAGACAAGGUUGGAUAGGAUUACGAAUGAAGUCAUUCGACGUCAGGUAGGCAUGGCACCGGUGGAAGAUAAGUUGCGAGAAGCGAGGUUGAGAUGGUUUGGCCAUGUGAGACGGCGGGAUGCUGACGCCCCUGUACGGAGAUGCGAGAGGAUUACGGUUAUCGGGGGAAGUAGGGGAAGGGGUAGACCCAGGAAGAAUUGGAAGGAGGUGAUUAGGCAGGAUUUAGGACUUCUCAACCUCACUGAGGAUAUGGCCUUAGAUAGGAACCUUUGGAAAACUAGGAUUAGAGUAGAUGGAUAGGAGCUCAGUGUUGUAGAGGUGGAGCCGGGGGUCUCUUGGAAACAGCCUCCCUACUCUCGAGUAGGGGCAAGGUCUGUGUACACACACCCUCCCCAGACCCUACUGUUGUGGGAUUCACCUAGGUUGUUGUUGUUGUUUGUUUUACAAUCGAUAAAACAACUAAAGGUAAAUGAAAAUAUCACAUAUAGCAUAAAUCAUUAACAAACACUCCCUCACCCAAACUAGACAAACUUUGAUCAUCAAUUACAUAAAACUUAUAUUGCAUA